AUGCCUCUGCGUGUGGAGAUGCUGCCAUGCACGGCGUCGGGGCCAGCAUCAUCGACCGCUACUCAGCUCGAGCCAUCGGCGAGGUCCGAGACGGUUGAGGACCUCGAGGCGCAGGCCAAGGGCAGCUGGUCGGCUGCAAAGGUCAGCGCCGAGAUCCAGCUCUGGCGCAAGCUCAUGUGGUGCUGGGUCGUCCCCGAGGCCGUGCUGCUGAUCGCGGUCCCGGCCGUCGCUCCCCUGCCUCGGGGCGACGCCGGACUUGCUUACUUUGAGACGCUCAACUUCUUCUGGUGCAUCUGGCCGAUGUUCGGCUUCUUCCUCUGCUCGCAGCUGGGCGCCAGCUUCUGCCAUGCCGUCUGUGUCGCCCACGAGCACCUCCUCAGCAAAAAGAGGGUCGGGGCGAGGGAUGCCGCCGACGACCCGGCCGACGUGGCGGCGGCAGUCGCGGCUGCGGGCAGGCCGUCGCGCCUCGAGGUGGUGCUGACUCUGCUCGGCAUCGCCUAUCACGUCGAGAUCACGGUGCUGGUCGUGCUGGCCACCCUCAACGCGCAGCGGCGGAUGGGCACGGUCCUCACCACGGCCUGGGUCAAGUCGUGCAUCGGGCAGGCCUUCCUGCUCUUCCUCUCAGGGAUUUUCCCGUUUGUGCUCCGCUCCAUCAGCGUCGGGCUUGUGCGGAGGGAGAAGUCCCGCAUCAUCGAGUACGUCAAGUUCAGGUGGUACGCAUGUGUCGCACCGGUGAUGAUGCUGCAGCUCUACAUCAUGGUCUACACCGUGGUCACGCUCGGGAACCGCUUGCCGAUCACCGACUACGGCAUCUUAGCCUUCCUGGGCAGCGACAAGCACAGGCUCUGCGAGCAUCUCGAGUCGCUGAGCUGCACGGUGCGCUGGGACGGCGGCCAGGAGGACGACGUGCACCUGCUGCAGACCCCGCUGCGGCCCGACUCGCUGAGCUGCAACGGCACGCGCCACGACUCCCUCGGCCCGUACGGGUCGCGGUACGAGGCGUGUGUCAGCGCGGGGAUCGGAGAGGACCUUGUCGUGCGUGGCUUCGCCGCGUCGGCCGCCUCGCUCACCGCCGUCAUCGUGGCGAGCAACCUCGAGCUGCUGCACCUGCUCAGGCCGUGCCGCAGCGCGCCCUCGCCGCUGUGGCCCCCCAACCUGCUCCGCUCCUCCGCCGACGGCGGCUUCUCGUGGCGCGUCAAGCUGGCGUCCACGGUGCUCUGCUGCGACGCCAUCCUCAUCUUCGUGCACCUCGUCAUCGCCGGCAUCGUCGGCAUCGGUUCGGACCUCUACCCCUCCGGCUUCUGGGCCCUCCUCGUCUGCUUCGGCGUCCCAAAGGUCGUCGUGACGCUCAACCUGCUGCUCGAGUUCUCUCGCCGCUCCGGCUCGCUCGACAGCGACAUGUUCACCAAGCGCGAGGACGGGCGGGCAGUCUCGGUCCGCGCCGAAAUCGCGCGGAGCCUAGAGACGGCGGUGGAGGCGCAGGCGAAGGAGGAGGCGGUGGGUCGCUUCGCGGGCGAGGCGACCCAGCUGGUGACUGGCAAGCCAAAGGACGCGGCUCUCGGGGUCAACUUUUACAUGCGGGUCGACAAGCUCGAGUUCGCGAUGCCGUCCUACUCGAAGGGCGUGGCCGCCAUCGCCGCCGAGUUCGAGGCGAGCGGCACGGCCUGCGACCGCGAGUGCCUCCACUACUGCCUCACCAUGCGAGCGGGCUCCUCGGACCUCGCGUUUGACAACGGCGACCUCAAGCGCGACUGCGACGCCCGCGGCGAGCUGCUGCCCAGCCGCCGGGCGGCCGACGGGGGGGGGAUGCGGCUGGACGACUUCAUGCGCCACCCGGCCGCGCGUACCGCCGAGCUGCAGCUGCCGCACGUCCUCGCCCUCCGCCUCUACACCACCGCCGCGUUCAGGUCGCUCAACUCGCCGCUGCGGGACACGUCGCCCGACCGGCGGCCGCACGCCUUCCCCAUCACCGUCAACUUCAUCCGCGAGGCCAUCUCGAUGCUGCGCGCAGUCGAGGCCGAGUCGGAGCGCGCGACGGCGACGGUCGACUUGUGGCGCGGGCUGAAGAACGUCGAGGCGGCGAGCGGCUUCCUCGAGUCGGGAGGGACGGAGCUGGCGCCGAUGUCGACGACGACGUCCAUCGGGGUGGCGAUGAGCUACUCGCUCUCGCCGUGCUCGCUGCUGCUCAAGGUGAGGACGGUGAGCUUCAUUGACCGCGGGGCCGACCUCGCGUGGCUCUCCGCCUUCCCCGCGGAGGCGGAGGUCCUCUUCCCGCCCCUCACCUUCUUGCAGCCGACGGGCAGGACUCUCAAGGUCGAGCGGGAGGGGUGGAAGGUCGUCGUGGUGGAGGUGGAGCCGCGGCAGUAG